UGGAAGCCUAUUCCAGAAGUAACAUCCAGUCAUCCUUGAAACUUUUUCAGAUUUGCUUUGUUCACACAGGUUUUUUGCCUGUAUUCCUUCUUUCCUUAGAAUAGCGCUCUCCUCACAUUACUUUUAGUUUCUUCUAGUUAGCACAAAGAAAUCCUAACCAGGAUUUACUUGGUUUCCAAAACAGAUUUUCCUGAUUCCAAAAUUCCUAUUGGCAGUUUUUAAAAAUCUAGUUUUAAAAAAGACCCAACAACUUGAUUUCAGGUUAGUCUUCUUACUCAGCUUUCAAAGGUUUAAACAUUUUGAUUGUUUAAAAGCAUUUAGAUAACAUUUACAACGCAUCACUUUCUUCGUAAAUCACAGGAGUCUUCUUAACUGUUGUAUACUGGUGUGUUUUACAUUUUUUUGGAAGGCUGUCAGUAGUAAUCUCCUGAAGUUAUACCCGCAGGUUUAAAGCUGUGAGAAAAUGUUUGAUUAUUAUUGCAAAAUAACCAGUCUUUCUUUACAUUUUAAGCCUUGCCAUCAUCCUCAUUUUCCUUCGAUUAUAGUAAUGGAAGAACAAUCUCAUUUUUUAUAAAGGACUGAGUUGCUUAGUCUCAACUUGCCCAAACAUGUGCUCAAGACAUGUCUUUCUUGCAGCUCCAUCAAGAUUACAAAGUUCAUUUUCCUUUUGUUUGUUGUGCAGAAAUUUAUUUUAAGCUCCCUUAGUCCCUUUGCUCUCUCCCUUUCCCCUCAUCUUCCUGCUAGAAAGUCAGUUUUAACAAGGACAUGCAAAUUGGAUGUUUGGCACAGUUUUUUUAAAGCUGUGGUUUUGUUUGUCAGGGUUUUUAAAAUGUCCUAUUAUAGGUCAUAAGUGCAAUGGUUAGUGUAUUUAGAAAUACAUAAUUAAUUUUUUUGGAAAAAAUGCCUGUUUUCUCUUAAUCACAAUAAACCUAGAAACUAUACUGAUAUCAGUCCUCACUAGUUUGAUCAGUAGCAGCCAGCACUGAGUUAAUAAAGUACAUAAAAAGCAGAUUGAGAGGCCUGAAUACAUUCACACUUUGAGAAGUCACCAAAAAAAAAAAAACCCUCCUCAGUGGUUCAGUUAAAAGCUGGCAAUGAUCAGUCCCAGCAGGACUCUGUGCUACCCAUAUCAAGCACUGUGUGUACUGCUUCCUCAGCAGGGAAAUACGGCCCUGAAAUUUUCGCUCUGUAAAUUAGCUGGAAGAAGUACAUGUAAAGAACAUCUGGACUGAUGCAGCGGGCAGCUGGCUGUGUGGCACAGCAAAAAAGGCAGUCUCGCCUACGUGGAUGGGCUGCGUAAGAGACGGUGGCGUGCAGGCAUGCUAGGCACAUCCAAGACUGGUGAAAUAUCAGUCCUGGUUUGUGCAUGGGUCAUGAGCUCAUGAGAAUGAAAGUAGCCUGACACUGGGCUGCACUGAACACCAACCCAUUUUUUCCUAUGGGGGAGCCUUGCUUAUGCUGUUCCCAUUCUUAAAGUUGUCUCACACAGCAGGCUCACCAGGCUAACAGUCAGACAGCCUCGACUCUGUGCUGCUUUUUCAGUUUGAGACACUCAGCAGUUCACAGAGCACAGAGGGCUGCAUCCUACGUCAAUCUAAUAAACCUAUCAUGCCACGACACUGUCAGAAAAGAAAGAUGCUAAAAACGCUUAGCAGAACUAUAAAAGGAUCCAUCUAACCUUAUUCCUGACUGCAGUCAACCGUUAUUUGUUUCUAGUACAUGAAUAGAAGGCAAUCUUAAAGCUGUGUUUGGAUUUGCAGGGACUGUGGUUACAAGGGUAGUUUAACUGCCACAUGCUGGUAGAAUAAGAGCGCCAGGCACAAAAUCCUACUGCCAAGCUUAUAUAUGCAAGUGAAAAAAUAAACAGCCCUGAGUAGUCAGCGCAGUGCCUGGCUGUGAUUAGUAAGGUCCCAGAUCAAGGUAAUCAGAUUGCACCAAAGAGCCUAGAAUUGUACAGUUACAUAAAAAGUCUGGACCAAGCUUCUCGCCAGAGCUACUCGUUACUCUAUGCCUUAGUUUGACUUUUAAAGCAACAGAGCACCUGCAUGUUCAUUUACCAGCUAGCCACCCUGGCUAGGCAGCAAAGCGCAGGCCCUAACUGUCUCAUCUUAGGUACAUGAGCAUUUCAACUGCUGCUGUGUGUUUGCAAGAGAACUAAGCAUAUUGUGAUUGGGAGAAGAUUCACCUUUUGAAUCCAGUUUCAUUUAAAACUUGAACUAAGCUACUUGAAACCUGCCCUUGGAUUUACUUCUCUACCGGAAAAGAAAUAUUUCAGAUUUGGCCAGAAGAGAAGGCUAAGAAAAAAAGGCAAAGCAAAGGAGAAUCAAAGACACUUUAUUUUUUCGAAGCCGUUUCCUCUUCCUUGCACGCAAGCAUUUGGGCUUAGUACUCCCAAUUUGUUUCCUGGUCUUGGCUGGGAGAGCUGACUGAGUUCUGAGAUUUGGAUGUGUUUCUGCAGGUGGCUUUCACCCAUGAACAUGCUGGACUAACAAGUGAAGUGUCAAAAGAAGCAGCACUAGAAGAAGCAGAGCCAUUUCUUUAAAAAAAAAAAUAGCAGAACUAUGAGAGAGACAGAGGUGUGACGUGUAAGGAAAAUGCUCUGAUGCUGGAGCCGGAGAGGCCAGAUGGCUGGAGGAUCCCGUUCAGCUCCCAGGCAGGAGGCUGCGGUGCUGCCAUGCGCUCCAUGUGCAUUGGGCUGCGUUUCCCCCGCCCCCAGCAGCUGGACACCCUGGUGCAAGUCAGCAUCGAGAGCGGGCGAAUGACCCACCACCAUCCUACUGGCUACCUGGGCUCCCUGGCCUCCGCCCUCUUUACUGCCUUCGCAAUCAACCGCGUGCCCCUCCACACCUGGGGAAAGAGGCUGCUGGAAGUGCUGCCGCGAGCGAAAGCCUACGUCAGGGAUGCUGGCUUCUUCGUGGAGGAGAACAUGGGCCACUGGCAUUAUUUUGAAGAGCAGUGGAAAAAAUACCUGGAGGAGCGAGGCAUAUCGGAUGGGGUCUCACCACCUACCUUCCCCUCAAAAUACGGUGUCGUGGAGAGAGAUUCGUUCUACACCUCCAUCAGCUACUCAGGCUGGGGGGGCAGCAGCGGGCACGAUGCACCCAUGAUUGCCUACGACGCACUGCUGGGCGCUGGGGGCUCCUGGCCUGAGCUGGCUCACCGCGCUUUCUUCCACGGUGGCGACAGCGACUCCACGGCUGCCAUUGCAGGCUGCUGGUGGGGGGCAAUGCACGGCUUCCUGGGCGUCAGUGCCGCCCUCUACCAAGACCUGGAGUUCAGGGAGCGCCUGGAGGAGGUGGCCAGGGACUUGUACCUGCUUAGCACUGGCUAGUCCCCACCAAGCAAGCUGCGCUUUUUGCAAACCCGCUGAGUCAAUGCAUGUGAUUGUAACUGGGGUGAAGCUUGCUUUUUCUUUUUCUGCUUGUCACCUUCAGCACGAGGGCCGUUUAACAGAAAGUGGGUUGGGAUUUAGUGGGGGGGAGCAAUCACGCAGUGGUGUGGUACCAGUGGGCAGCCGUGGGGUCACCCGGGCAGGCAGAGCCUGGAGCGUGUGAAUGCUCCACCUUCUUCUUUGCCUGAUGUGGGGGGGGCCUCUCCCUGUCCCCAAGGCAGGCAGGGAUCCCAGGGGUGAGCUGGCAUGCCUCCCUGCGACCGCUACGUCCAGCUCCCGCCCCGCACUGCCCACGGGAAGAGCCAGGGAUGCCACUUACCUUCUAGCACUGAACGUCCGCAGAGACGAAACUUUCGCUCCCUUGCUCAGGAUGGAUCUGCUGUAAUCUCUGGCAGAGGCAACAGCCAGCUGUGUCAGCGGGUGACGCAGUUUCCUCAUGCAAUUAAUUCAGUAGAGAGUAUUUUUUGUUUUCAGUGAGUGCCAAAAAAUUAACCCUGCAGCUUCGCCAGUGCAUUUUGCAGAAUUCCACAGUGCUUUUGCUAUUUAAAGAAUGUGACAUCGUACUUUCCUAUUUCAAGUUAAGGGGAAGGUCUAGACUGCUGGCUAAACUUUUCUGCAAGGUAAGGGCUGCUAAUGAGAGAAUUUAACCAGUUGCCUUUUACAUCAGGUUAAGCAACUCCUGUGGUAAACUAUAUUCUUAUAUUUAAAUUCAAACUACUAAUGAAUAUUUGGUUACCAUUUGCCAUGGAUUAUGCAGCUAAUUCUAUGACAAAUAAGUUUUUCUUCAAAUCCAGAA